AGCUGCUCAGCUUUCUGAGCGACUGUCGGCCAAAGCUAGGUGCAGAACAAGCGAUGGCUGAGGCGCAGAGUGCUCGUGAAGCCGAGGAUCAGCGGUCGGCUUUCCAGGCUCUUGCUCGUCAAGCAGAAGAGGAGCUUGCGAGCUUGGCAGCGAAGCAUGAGAGGGAGGCGGAGCGGGCUUCAAAGACGGCAGAGUGGCUCGCGGAGAUCCCAAGUUCGGCUUUGGAGCAAACGCCCUGGCAAUACACAUGCGGUCCGGGAAGCGGGGCCGGGAAGCAUGGCCGAAAGGAGAAGAAGGAGGAAAAGAGAAACCAGAAAGCGCAGGAAAAGGCGCAGAGCCGGAGCCUAAGGAUGGCAGAGCGUCGCAGCCCGAACGGCUACGAGGGUGGUGACCUCCAGUCGUUUAAGGACGUCACGUCCCACCGCAAGAAGCCCGCCAGCGAGUACUCCAUCUUCAGCCCGCCGGGCGGAUCCCUCGGCGAGCUCGUAUCCAGACGGAGCGCUGCGAGCCUGAAAGGGGCCUGAAAGGGGCCAGAACCUGCCAGCGUUUUUUUGAGCAUCCAGCCAUGGCCCAGAGGCCCCUGUGAAGCCCGACUGGUGCAAUAUGCCCGA